CCAUGUUAUGGACGUGGCUGCUCCUCGCGGGGCUUGCGGCGGCGGCGGGACUACCGUCGUCGCAGCUGACGUCCUUCCCAAACCUCCCCUCCAACAUAUUUUUCUUCGACGACUCGACAGACGCGGUAUUCGUGGAUUCGGUUGAUGGCACUGUCUUCGUCUCCAGUGAUGAGGGGAAGACUUGGGCCGAUGCAGGCAUCGAGGGCGUGCAGACCGUCGUCGAGCACCCCUUUGACCGCAACUACGCCUUCGCUAUCGGCAGGGGGACGACGCACUACCGGACGGCCGACCGCGGGCGCAGCUGGCAGCGCUUCUCCUCCCCCGCGGCGCCCGCGCUCAUCUCGAAGCCCCUCGCCUUCCACGUCGAUCAGCCGGGGCAUGUUCUCUUCCAGGUCACGCACUGCGAGCCGCGCAAGAUCGGCUGGGGCGUGGUGUGCCGGGACGAGACGUACUACACGACGGACGCGUUCUCGACGGAGAUGCGCUUCAUGCGCGCGGACACGUCCCGCUGCGCGUUCGCGCACUCGACGAAGGAGUUCAAGCACGAUGCGCAUCGCGAUCUCGUGUUCUGCGUGGCCUUUGACGCGGACGCGGUCGCGGGGGCGCACGCCAUCGAGAGCAGUAGAUUGUUCGCGAGCACGGAUUUCUUCGAGAACGACGUGCGGAUCGAAGAUCUUGGGAUCGGAAAGGCCGCCAAGGGCGUCCUCGCUCUCGCUAUCGUGUCCAAGUUCGCUGUGGUCGCACUUCGCGACAUCACCCAUGCAGACACGCGCCUCUACGUCUCGACCGAUGCGCAGAACUGGGCUCAUGCAGAGUUCCCCCAAUCUUCAUCCGCGCUGCUCAAGGAGAACGCGUAUACCAUCGUCGAAAGUACCCUCCACUCCCUGGCGGUUGAUGUCGUUCGCGGCGACAAUGACGGCGCGACUGGCACACUCUUCGUGAGCAACUCGAACGGGACGUACUUUGUGGAGAGCCUUGCGGAUACGAACAGGAACUCGGCGGGUUAUGUCGAUUAUGAACAUAUUUACGGCGUAGACGGUGUCGGCCUUGCCAAUGUCGUGGCGAACGCAGACCAAGCUGGUACCCCGGGUGUCACCAAGCGAUUGCGCACCAUGAUCACUUUCGACGACGGCAGACGAUGGUCCCCUAUCCGCGCACCCGAGGGCAGCAACUGCGAUACGAGGGACAUCGAGAACUGCGCUCUCCACCUCCACUCCGUGACCACCCCCCACAACUUCGGGCGCGUCUUCUCGAGCCCCGCCCCCGGCUACGUUAUGGCCGUCGGCUCCGUAGGACCCGCCCUCGCCCCCUACGAGGACUCCGACACUUACUUGUCCUCCGACGCCGGCCUCACCUGGACCCGCAUCGCCGAGGGCGCGCACAAGUACGAGUUCGGGGACGCGGGGUCGCUGCUGGUGCUGAUCGACGACGAAGAGGCGACGAGCGAGGUGAAGUGGUCGGGGGACGGGGGAAGAACGUGGGAAACGUAUGAUUUUGGGCAGCGGUUGAGGGCGAGGGCGCUGGUGACGGUGCCGGAUAGUACGAGUCGGAAGUUCUUGGUGUUGGGCCAAGUCGCACGCAGGGAUCAGAGCGACAAGAAGGUGGGGCCCUACGUAGUGCAAUGGUUGGACUUCGCGGACACGCGCGACCGCAAGUGCGGUGACAACGACUUCGAGAAGUGGUAUGCGCGCUCCGGAGAGACUGAGUGCUUGCUAGGACACAAGCAAUGGUACCGCCGCAGAAAGCCUAACGCGGAUUGCUAUGUUGGCGAGAAAUUCAACGAGCCCGUGGAGCACGACGAGCCAUGCGAGUGCGGAGAGAGCGACUACGAGUGUGACUACAACUUCGUCCGCCAAGGCGCCGACUGUGUACCUGUGGGACCAGAGCCCGUACCAGCAGGAACAUGCACGACUGGCAGGCCGGACGAGACAUACCGGGGCUCCAGUGGAUACCGCAAGAUCCCUGGCGACAUCUGCGAGGGCGGUAUAGCGAAGGACGCACCUGUGGAGAAGCAGUGCAGUCAGGCGGAGCCGGCUGAGGGUGCAGUGGUUCAUCAAACAUUUGAGUUCCCGGCCGUGGUGGCGCAGCAUGCGUACUUCAAGGACUCCCCGACUAUCCUUGUACGCCUCACGGACCAUACAAUAUGGCAAAGCGCGAACGAAGGGUACACAUGGACGCAGCUUUUCCCCGAAGAGCGAUUUCUCGGUUUCUACCAUCACAAGUACACCGGAGACCGCGCGUACCUCGUCACUCCAAACGCGCGCUUCUACUACACGACAGAUGCUGGGCGCAACUGGUACCCGCAAGAGGCCCCCAACCCGCCGAAUACGUUCCGCGCACAAGUGCUGCGCUUCCAUCCGACGUCGGACUACUUGAUUUGGGUGGGCAACAAGGACUGCGAGGGCCAGGGCGAGAAGUGCCGGGCUGUUGCGUCGUAUUCCCGAGACAACGGUCGAAGAUGGACGACUAUCGACGAGUACGUGCAGAAUUGUGCAUGGGCGCGCGAUGCGCGAUUGGCAGCGGACCCCAAUGAGAUCCUUUGCGAGAGCUUCCGGGAUAAGAAGGGCAGCCAACGGAUGUUUGGCGGAGAGAACCCACUGGAGUUGGUCGUUGGUGGUAAUUAUUACACUAAGAAACGCCGCAUGUUUGAGCACGUCGUUGGCUUUGCGAAGUUCAGCGAAUACCUCGUCGUCGCUGCCAUGGAUCCCAAGUCGCGCUCCUUGCAGCUGCAAGUGUCGCUUGACGGCGCGAACUUCGCCGAGGGUCGCUUCCCGCCGAGCAUGCAUCCGGAGACGCAUGCCUACACCGUCCUCGAGUCAUCCACUAACUCGCUGUUUCUGCAUAUGACAAUGUCCGAGCCACCCAGUCCAUACUGGGGCAACAUCCUGAAGAGCAACUCGAACGGAACAUACUUCGGUGUCAGCGCAGAGCAUGUUAACCGCGAUGAGAGGGGUUAUGUGGACUUCGAGAAGAUGAUCGGACUGGACGGCAUUGCGCUCAUCAACAUUGUCGGCAACGCGGACGAGGCGGUCUUGACAGGUCACAAAGCGCUGCAGUCGCGCAUCACUCAUAACGACGGUGGAACAUGGAAGCCUCUCAACCCACCACCUGUUGACUCUUUCGGCAACAAGUACGAGUGCCAGAGUACAAACUGCGCGUUGCACAUCCACGGGUACACCGAGCGUCUCGACCCGCGUGCGACAUACUCCUCGCCAUCCAUCGUCGGAUUGCUCAUGGCUGUUGGCAACGUCGGCGAGCAUCUGCUGCCGUACACGGAGUCGGACACCUUCCUCAGCCGCGAUGCGGGCUUCACCUGGGAGGAGGUGCACAAGGACGCCCACCUCUGGGAAUUCGGCGACUCCGGCAGCGUCCUUGUCAUGGCGAACGACGAGGAGCCGACAGAUCAUGUCCUGUUCUCCACUAACGAGGGCAAGUCCUGGCGCGAGUACAAGUUUGUCGAAGGCGGGAAGCUGCGCGUGCGGCAGAUCGUCACCGUACCGAGCGAUACGAGCCGGCGGUUCAUCCUCAUCGCCCAUGGCCCGCGCGAGACGAACAGCUACGCUAUUCAUCUGGACUUUUCGGCGCUGACAAAGAAGCAAUGCGUACUGAGCAUCGAGGAUCCUGGCCACGACGACUUUGAGCUCUGGAGCCCCAGCGAGGAGCGCACGGAGCGAUGCCUCUUCGGCCGUCAAACCCUGUACCACCGACGCGUGCGCGACACGAACUGCGUCGUGGGCAAGCAACCCAAGGCGGAGGAGCGUGUCCAAAAGAAUUGUUUGUGCACUGCUAGCGACUUCGAGUGUGAGUUCAACUACAUGCGCAACGACGCAGGCGAGUGUGUCCUGGUCCCUGGCACGCAGCCGCUGCCGGAUGAUGAUAGCGUUUGCCGUGCUGGCGACGAGUAUUGGUACGAACGCACGGCCUAUCGCAAGAUCCCUUACAGCUCCUGUGAAGGCGGCGAGCGGCCAGACCGUGGGCUCAGGCAUAUAUGCCCUGGCUUCCGCGCUCACGGAGCGUUGUUCUGGAUGUCGAUCAUCGUCCUCCCAUUCGCCUUCACCGCACUGAUUGCGUACUGGUUCUACAAGCGCAGCGGGAUGAUGAGAGGAACCAUUCGCUUACCGGGCGACGGACGUGGGCUGAGUGCGCCGUCGUUCGGGAACGACUCAUCAGUGCUCGACACCCUGGCCAGCGUACCAUGGUUCAUCAUCGGCAUAACCGGCAUCGCGUACGAAUGGGCUGCCAGCCGCGUGGAGGGCUUCUUCGACGGCUACCGGUCAAGAAGAGGAUACAGAAAUGUGCCGAUCGAUGAAGACGCACAGAUAUUGAGAUUUGAGGACGAGGACUAGAGCUAUGUGAGGCUCAGUGUGGGAGCCAUGUGCGGCAAGGUCUGAGAGCCAGGAGAGGCUUGCAAGUAGGAUUGGUGGGUGACAUAUGUACCAUCGCAUUGUGACUGCUAUAAAAACAACUCGAUUGACUGCUUCAUGCUAACGCUAUCGCUGUAUUUAUCCCCUUCGUAGGAUAUGGAUUAGGGCAGUCCUGUAAUCGCUAGGUGUAUCGAGUUGCACCUGCAUCGCUUUCACGAAUUCUUGUUG